GGAAGCUCUGGCCUGGCCUGGCCUGCUCCUUGGCUCCCUCCGACUUUCGAGCGUCAGGAUGAGGAGUCGGUGACGACGAUCGAGACGGGGAUAACGAGGACGAGCAUGUGAUAGUGGAUCUCGUCGGCACGGAAGGAAGAUGCUGGCGAUGCUGGUUGGCGUCGACACUCCAUCUCCUCCUCUGCCUCUGUCCAUUCCGACGUGUUGACCACGAACAACAUCCCUCCCUCCGCCACGACGUCCCCGCCACCCCUCGACGUGGUCGUCCAGCCCACGACCAUGCCUCUGGCCGGCCAGAAGCGCAAGAGAGCGGCGAGCGGCGACAUCCUCUCCACCCCGCAACCCAAACAUCCAUACCUCACCGGCAACUUCGCCCCCAUCCACAACACCCUUCCCCUCACCCCGUGCUCCCACACGGGCACCAUCCCGCCCGAACUGAGCGAUGGCCAGUACGUACGCAACGGCAGCAACCCUGUCACGAACGAGGACCUGGGCAGAGAUGCACACUGGUUCGACGGUGAUGGCAUGUUGUCUGGUGUCUCCUUCCGCAAGGACGACACUGGCAUCGUCCCCGAGUUCGUCAACCAGUUCAUCCUCACCGACUUGUAUCUCAGCGCACUGUCGAGUCCGAGGCUGAAAGUCCCCAUCCUCCCCUCCAUCGCCACCUUGGUGCACCCGCUGUACAGCAUCUUCUACGUCACCCUCCGCAUCUUCCGCACCGUCUUGCUCGUCCUCCUCUCCCACCUGCCGGGCUCCAAACAAAAAAUCAGAAAGAUCAGUGUCGCCAACACCAACGUCCUCUAUCACGAUGGUAGAGCACUUGCCCUGUGCGAAAGUGGCCCCCCAAUGCGUGUCCAACUACCUGAACUGGAAACGGUGGGCUGGUAUAACGGCGAUCGAGCGCAAGGCGAGCCGGAGAAGGAACGAGGUGCGGCACUGGGAGAUGGCUCUGGGCUUCUUCAGUUCAUGCGAGAGUGGACGACCGCUCAUCCCAAAGUCGACCCGCAGACCAAGGAAAUGCUCAUGUUCCAUUCUAGCUUCGCUCCGCCUUACGUGCAAUACAGCAUCAUCCCCAAGGAGAAAUCGCCUUCCGACGAGGCCGUUGCGAGCCAGAAACUGCUGAAUGCCCCCGUGCCAGGCGUGCGCAAGGCCAAGAUGAUGCACGAUUUCGGCGUGUCGCUAACCCACACGGUCAUCAUGGAUCUCCCCUUGACCCUCGAUCCCGUCAAUCAGCUCAAAGGCCUACCCCCCGUGACCUACGAUGCGUCACAGCCGUCCCGCUUUGGUGUCUUCCCCCGACGCAGUCCGGAGCAGGUUCAAUGGUUCGAGACCGACGCAGCGUGCAUUUACCACACCGCCAACACUUGGGACGAUGUGAACGCCACGGGCAGCCCGACCGCCGUGAACAUGCUCGCUUGUCGACUCACCUCGGCGACGUUGAUCUACGCCGCCGCGAACAUUGCCCCUCCCGCGCCCAAGUCGAACAAAAGGGUUGCUCAGGCCAAUCGCCGCAUGCCCUUCUUCGCCAAAUACAACGAAGAGGAAGACCCGAGCCUAUGGGAGCGCGCUCCACUCCUCGAGUCGCCCUCUGAGGAGAAAGACACAUUCAUCCGCGUCGAUGCCCUCGAGAGUCCAUCGUCCAACCCGGCCGCUUUCGACGAAGAGCAAUGCCGUCUCUACUACUACCACUUCGACCUCAAUAACGGCGCCCUCACCCACCAAUGGGCCCUAGCCGCCAUCCCCUUCGAAUUUCCCUCCGUCCGCCCGGACCUCGAAAUGCAACACGCCCGCUACGUCUACGGCUGCUCCACAACCACCACCUCCUUCUCCUCCGCCCUCGGCAAAGCCACCAAAAUCGACGCCCUCGUCAAAGUCGACGUCAACCGCCUCAUCGCAAACGGUAAAUCCCACCCGCCCCAAAGCGUCACCGGCGUCGUCGACCCCCGCCCCAUGGCCGCUAUCCUCUCCGCCAACGACCCGCACGAUCCCAUCCAAGUCUUCCGCAUGCCGCCCGGCUGGUUCGCGCAGGAACCGCGCUUCGUCCCCGCCGCUUCCAACGCCAGCGAGGACGACGGCUACCUCCUCUUCUACGCUUUCGACGAAGCACAGCUCAACGCCGCCGGCGAUGCGCCCGACGAUGUCUCCGACUCGCGUGCAAAGUCCGAGCUCUGGAUCAUCGAUGCAAAGACGAUGAAGGACGUGGUGGCGCGUGUGCAACUCCCGCAGAGGGUGCCGUAUGGUCUGCACGGCACGUGGUUCUCCGCCGAGCAGAUUCGCGCGCAGAGGCCGGCCGAGCAGCUGCGGAGUACGCGGGAGGUCUUAGGCGCGAAGGAGGUGGGGAUGUGGAUGGGAGUGAGGGAUUGGUGUGAGAAGAUGUUGGGGUGAUGGAUGUACUUUACAAAUGUAGCAUAUUCGAAUUGGAGUCCACGACUGGGUGGGACGAUACCAUGGGAAUAGAAACGGAUGUACACAAUGAUCUACGAUCAAUGA